AGGGAACUUAGUAUGAGCUAGACUGUCUCACUGAGCGGUCACAUCUCUCUCUCUCUCUCUCAAGUCUCUUAAUAAUAUACACGAAAACUACUACUAAUUCACUUAAGUAUCUACAUCAUCAUAGAGGCUGGUAAAAAAAAGUGAUAUAACUCGUGUACUUAAGUGGAUAUGAACAGUACUUGAGUGUGAGUUAAGUGGAUUUAGAAAUAUCUCACUUUAAAGGCUAUUGACUGAGACACAAACGACCCUGAACUAGUCAAUUAAGUGAACAAUAAGUGACAUACUGUGGUUAAGUGGAGUACCCUACCACUUUAUAGCCGUAUAAGUAAUAAUAAGUGGUCCUCUGAUUAUGUUUCUUUAAGUAACUCUAUAUUUGAUCUUAGUAACUUCAAUUGAAUUUAAAUGAACUUGGUUAUAAUUCAAUUCUAAGUUAAUCAAACACUAGUGAACUAAAAACACUCAUAAAAUAUUACCAACAACUGGACUAGAUUCUCUCUAAGCUUUGAAAUAUGAGAGGAAGAAUAUUGAGCAGACUGUUUCAAGGAAGGCAGACCAGUGUAGUCAGUAACGGUGGUCAACUGAGGCAUUAUCAUCCUAAUGGUGAUCCACCUAGAAUACUGAUUACAGGCAGUCUGGGCCAACUAGGUACUGGACUGGCUCGCCUCCUCAGGUCUAAGUAUGGCACUGAAAAUGUUAUUAUGUCUGAUAUAGUAAAGCCAUCGAAAGACAUCGUUCAGUCAGGGCCCUACGUAUUCGCAGACAUCCUGGACUUCAAGUGUCUUCAGGAGAUCGUCGUCACCUACAGGAUUGAUUGGUUCGUCCAUUUCUCGGCGCUACUGUCUGCUAUUGGUGAACAGAAUGUGCCCCUGGCUAUUAGGGUGAACAUCGAGGGCCUCCACAACGUAAUGGAACUUAGUAAACAGUAUAACCUCAGGGUAUUCGUCCCAUCCACCAUAGGCGCCUUCGGUCCUGACUCACCCAGGAACCCCACACCUAACCUGACCAUACAGCGACCCCGGACCAUAUACGGAGUCUCAAAGGUACACGGAGAGCUGCUGGGAGAAUAUUAUAACCACAGAUUUGGUUUGGAUUUCCGUUGUCUCAGAUUUCCGGGAGUUAUCUCUUCUGACACCCAAACUGGAGGAGGAACUACAGACUACGCCGUACAGAUCUUCCAUGACGCCAUCGAGGGUCGCCACAUGGAGUGUUACCUAAAGCCGACCACCCGCCUUCCUAUGAUGUAUAUUGAGGACUGUCUCAGAUCACUGUGGGAGGUUCUGGUUGCUCCUGAAGAUCAGCUCAAGCGACGGACUUACAAUGUGACAGCAAUGAGUUUCUCCCCAGAGGAAAUCGUAGCUGAAGUGAAGAAACAUUUUCCUGAUUUUAGCAUUACCUAUAAACCUGAUUCCCGGCAGAAUAUUGCUGACACGUGGCCAGAGGUAUUCGACGACUCCGAGGCUCGACGUGACUGGGGCUGGCGUCACCACUACAACCUGGAGGCCAUGUGUCAGGUCAUGUUCGAUAACCUCCGGCGACAGCACCAAUUAGAGGCCGCUGCUGUUACCCGGUGACCGCUAACGAGGAGGAUAUAGUAGUUUUCUAGUUAAGGUUAAUUGAUAUUUUUUAGGAAUUGUAGAGUUCUAUUGUGAAAUAUAAUCAGUACGGUAAAAAACCUCUAUAUAGCGGAAUUUAUCUUAUUAUAAUCCUUUAUAUGGAGGUUUUAUAUCUAACGGACCGACCCUCGAUAUAAUGGACUUUCAUCUCUAUAUAGUUCGCUAAAUAGAGGAUUUACUUCAAUAAAUAUAUAUUUUUAGUGGUGUAGGUAGAGUGUAGGUGUAGUGUGUACGUCUUGAGAUGUGUGUACGUCUUGAGAUGUGUGUACGUCUUAAGAUGUGUGUACGUCUUAAGAUGUGUGUACGUCUAAGAUGUGUGUACAUCUUGAGAUGUGUGUACGUCUUAAGAUGUGUGUACGUCUUGAGAUGUGUGUACAUCUUGAGAUGUGUGUACGUCUUGAGAUGUGUGUACGUCUUAAGAUGUGUGUACGUCUUGAGAUGUGUGUACGUCUUAAGAUGUGUGUACGUCUUAAGAUGUGUACGUCUUGAGAUGUGUGUA